GUUUCUUCAAGUUGCUGAAGGUGCUGCGCCAGAGUUUGAGUUUUUCCCCAUGCCGCGCUCGUCGGGGUUUCCCAUGCUGAUGCGACUGCGCAGAGGCUUACCAGCACACGAAGGGUCGUGGCUGCCUUUGCAGAUGCGGAACACGAUUCGCAGCGAGUGCGACAUCCCUGGAAAGCCUGGCAUCAUCUGCCAGGUUCGAAAUGAACGCGCAUUCGAAAAGUGGAGUGACAUGCCGAUGUUGAUAACGUGCACUCCACGAGACGCUGUCUUUGCACUUGGUCACGACUGCGUGAAAAGCUACUUCAACGUGAGGGCAGCUUCGGAAUCUACUAUUGAAUCGGUCAGUACUACGGGAGCUGUGGCACUCGGGAGGAAGCUCCACGAAAUAUUUGAUCAAUAUCAACACCAGGCACGACCACUGCUGGAGCUUAUAGGGACUGCUGCGCUCGGUAGCACCGUUCGGGCUCAUCGUCACGGUCUUCUUGCACAAGCAAUGGAUCUGCCGGUGUUUGAGGAGCUAAAGUUUCCACCAGCGGUUGGAAUCGAUGGCGCGCGGAGCAACGCGUGUUUGCGCAACCAUGGAGUGCUAUUUCGUGUCUCGCGUCCGAGUCCAUCCAAGAAGAAACCACAAGGACUGCAGAUCAGCAUGUGCAAGUACACGGAUUGGCAAAGCGGGGCCUUUCAGGUCACAGAUGGCAUCGACAUUUUUCUCUGGCUUGUUGCCGAAAGGAGACAACCGUCUCGGCUGAGCUCCAUCGGACUCCUACCGAAAGAGGCCCUGGUUUCAAGUGGGAUCAUUUCAGCAAGCGAAAACGUUUCCGGCGUGAGGCACCUGUACAUGAAGUGGAAGUCUGAUGAAGAGAUCGACUUUAGCGGGGCACACAUCACAAGUCUAGCACCGUAUUUCAUCCACAGAUCGGCCACGAGUAGUGCAAUUCGAGACUUCGCGGAACGGAUCUUGCUGGAGGUCUCCUCUGCCACGCAAAGCAGGAAAGCAGAUGCGGGUUAUAGUGUCGCGCAGCAAGAAGUUUUCCGAGAUUCGUCUGCCUCCACGGCAUAG